UCCGCAAUGGAUUGUGGGUAAUAUUCCAUGCCAGUAAUGGAAGCCCAGCAAAAGUGUGGAACAAGUGCACGAAAGGGAUAAGGCGACAUAUUUACGAUAUAUACAAUAUAUUUGUCUGCCAGAGAUGACAACGUCAAAAAUACCGUCUACUGCACUUUCUUUAAAACAGUUUUUACAGAGGCAGAACGUCUUGGGGAUAUAUAGAAAAAUGUUGAGGACUAUAAAACAUGUGCCAAAUGAGACUGACAGGAAGUACCUCAAAGACUGGGCAAAAUCUGAAUUUAAGAGGAACCAGAAUACCACAGACCAGGAUGCCAUCCGUAUGAUGAUCACACAAGCAAACAAGCACCUGGAGGAGCUUCAAAUGUCCCUGGCAUUGGCUGGAAACAAUUCAAAAAACCUCUGAGGAUUACUCUUCUCGACUUCCUGAAAACUGAUAGAAACUACUGUUUUGACUUGGAAUCACUUCAAGGAUGAAUGAACAUGGCUUGAACCAGUAAAAAUGUUAUUACGCAAAC